AUGAGCCACUCCUCUCUUAGGGAUGCUGCUGCAAUAGCAUCGACCUUGUGCCGAAUCGCCAAAGGUGUAGUCUUGUCUCCCAAUGGUGCGAACAAGGUCGCUACCUCUACGUCAGCACGACCAUGGCCUAGCCAGACCUUGAAGGCGAGCUCUACUGUAGAAAAGAGCGAUGCUGCAAACGCUGCUCCAUCGCAAUCUUGUUCCGCAUCGUCCCAUCCACAUCGUGAAGCUGACGCCUCUCUUCAGGCGAACCCUCCCAUCAGCAGGCCGUGGCCGAGUAAGGCAUUCAAGGCAGAGACAGUACCAACUCCUAGUCCUGCACAAUGCUCUACAGAAGACGUCAAAGCGAAUCAAAACAUUCAAGGAGCGGUAGAGUCUUCAGCCUCUACAUCUGCAAUACCCCUCAAACCUUCUCCGCCGGAACUGGCUGUCACGCCCUCCACUGCGACGUCUUCUGUGGAUGCACUCGCCGCAAAGGCUGCCUAUGAGACUGAACAUGAUGCGCCAGAGUCACGAUCCAUUACCCCCCACGCAAUUACCGUCGAAAAUGUAUCUCGAACCGAGGACCAACCGCCGGCAACGGCCGCACCUGUGACCAAGGCGCAAGUUCUGCCAGAGGGCGAAAAGGUAUUGAAGCCAGAGGAUGUCAAAGUCGAAAUCCCUCCGAUACGAGAGCCGUCAUCGCUUCCAGUCGACUUCGAAGAGUACGAUGCAACCAAGGAGUCCAAGCACGUGCCACUGCGUGCAGCCAAGGUCCCUUCUUCGCGUUUAGGUCGUCUGUUCCAUUACGGAGGCCUCGGUGCUGGACUUGCUUUCGGUGCAGCCGGAUCGCUUCUUCGCGCUUCUUCCGGUGGUACUGAUGGGUCAGCGCCAAGCAGCAUGUUCAUGUCGGAACAAAAUGUUGCACGGUUGGUGGACAAGCUCUCGACGAUGCGAGGAGCGGCGCUGAAGCUCGGCCAAUUUCUUUCGAUUCAAGAAACCAAGCUGCUACCACCGCAGAUCGAGCAAGUCCUUCUGCGUGUCCAGAACGGCGCCAACUACAUGCCAGUGUGGCAGAUGAACAAGGUCAUGAGCCAGGAGCUGGGCGGUUCGGAUUGGCGCGAGCAUCAUUUCAAGGAGUUCGAAGACAUUCCUUUUGCUAGCGCUUCGAUCGGCCAGGUACACUCUGCUGUGUUACGAAACGACUUCCCGGAUCCGAAGAUGGCCGGACAGAAGGUGGCAGUCAAAGUACAGUUCCCCGGCGUUUUCGAGUCGAUCGACUCCGACCUCUCAUACCUGCGAUGGCUUGUUUCUGCAUCUGCUUUGCUGCCAAAGGGUCUCUUUCUCGAAAACACCCUCCGCGUGUUGGGCCGCGAGCUCAAGGAUGAGUGUGACUACGAGCGAGAAGCUGAGAUGGGACGACGCUUUGGUGCUAUCUUGAAAGACUCCUCCGAGUUCGAGGUGCCCAAGGUGGUCGACAGCCUCUGCACGGGUAAAGUGCUUACCACAGAGAUGAUGCGUGGACGGCCUCUGAGCCAAGCAUCGCGAUAUCCUCAAGAUAUGCGAGACCGCAUCGCCCAGUCUAUCUUGAACCUGUCGCUCUCGGAACUGUUCCGCUUCCGUCUAAUGCAAACAGAUCCGAACUGGUCGAAUUUCCUCUAUAACGAGAGGACGGGCAAGAUCCAGCUGAUCGAUUUUGGCGCCACCAGAGAAUACUCGAAGGAGUUUAUGGACAACUGGCUGCAGAUGUUGCAAGCGGCCAUUGCUGGUGAUUACGAAGAAUGUCUGACUUGGUCGAGGAAAGUAGGGUACCUCACUGGCGAGGAGAGCCCAGGAAUGGAGCGAGCUCAUGUCGAUUCGAUGAUUGCUCUUGGUGAACCUUUCCGUCCAGAUGCACCGAACCCAUAUCCGUUCGAGCACCAGACCAUCACGGAUAGAGUCAAAGCCCAGAUUCCUUUGAUGCUUCGAGAACGACUCACUCCACCGCCACAGGAGACAUACAGUCUCAAUCGCAAGCUCAGCGGUGCAUUCCUUCUAUGUGCCCGCCUGAAAGCACAUGUCAGCUGUCGAACGCUCUUUGAACAGAUCGAAGCCGACUAUUCCUUCGGUCCGGAGCCUGCCAUUGCCUCUUCAUCAAACUCGAGCACUGUUAACGCAAGCAGUCCAUUUGGCUCAUUUUCAUCCGAGCAGCGCCGAUAUUUUCAUAACGCCUUUCGAGCUGCACAACAGCAGGAACAAACGCGCCUCGAAAGGCGAAGAUACGGACGAAACCUGACAGAUCGUUUCCCGCGCUCUAAGAUCGUGAUCUCUCAGCAAGCAGAGGGCCCUUCCGCAGGCUCUCUUGAAGUCGGAGAUAAGGUCGAAUCACUGGCCGCAGGCCCUACAGCGUCAGCUUCUAUGCAAGAGACGCCAGCUAAUGUCGUCGAGUCUGACAGCAAAGCUGGCAUUGACCUCAGUCGAGGAGCAACACCGGCUGAAGUGAGCACAGCAGAGACGCAACCAAGCCAUGGCAGCAGCAGUGCAGCCGCAGAGGACGCGGACGCCCAGCCAAGCAUCAGCAUGGGCCCUACGACAAUCCGAGGCAUUGUGGUCCCUCUCAAGCCUCCCCCGCCGGGGCCAGAAGAAUGCUGCAUGUCUGGUUGUGCUCAUUGCUCCUACGACAUUUACGCCGAAGAUCUCGAGGACUUCCACAGUCGACUUUCAUCGGUGCGGAACCAGCUGGCACAGCUUUCACCGCCUGUCACACGCGAAGAAUGGCGUGAGGAUCUGCUCGGUGACUAUCCUGCUUCCGCUGAAAGUAGUGCCGGAGCAGCAAACACGGCAGCAUCAUCGGAAGAGGAUAUGAAGGAAAGAGCACAACGUGAAGUGGAUCGUGUGAUUGGUGAUUUGGACCCGACAAUGCGAGCAUUCCUUGAGAUGGAACGCAAGAUGAAGAAGCAAGAGCGUGAAAAGGCCAAGCAAGCUCAAAACAGCUUGAAUUAG